CUAUUACAAAACUUUGGGUUUGCAAGGUCAUCCCCGCAUGUAAGAGACUUAUUUGUGUUUGCUAUCUGUACUCCCAGCCUGCACACUGUGUCAAAUCACUGAGUUGGAGAAGCUCAAUCUAAUCAACAUUUUGUGGCAAUGUGAGAGUUUGUUUUGUCUAUGAUAGUGAUAUCUCAUCUGAAGGAUCGAAAGUCUGUGAUAUCCUCUGCAAAAGGAUUUUAUUUUUGUUCAGAAAGGAUAUUUUAUGAGGGCAGAAGCAGAUCGGGGUAACCUGUCGGCCAUUCUGUGACUGCUUUCGCUUCACCGAAAUGCCGUCGACAAACUCCUGGCAUUCUAGAGGGUUCUGUCUGUUCCUUUUGCUGUGCCUGGUCCAGAGUUUGGCAGUGAAGGACAAGCAGUUCAAACACAAUUAUCAUGCCGAGGACGACGAAACUGGUGAAACUUUUCGCCUCCGAAGUGAAGGCAGACUGGCCAAUGUUGUGAACCUCGACGAUAUCCGUGUUCUAAAGCGUGUAGCAUGUGUAGAAGAUCGUCUAAUGAUGUUGAUGGAUGACGUUACGGUCGUGAAAACAUGGAGGCAGGGGCAGGUGGUGAUUGGGGGCCCACAGUGGGGUUGUAAUGCCACCCGAGAGCAGCCCAAAGCUUCGGGUAUUUACGUGAAGAUUCAGAGCAUCUUCUUUCCAUUAGAAAGGCAGGUCACCAUUCACCAUAAACCUGCUGGACCCUUCGACAUGAUCGAGGAAGCGGACAUCCACUUCCACUACAGACCGGCAAAGAAAGCCCGCAAGCAUGGAGGCCCGGAAGACAGGACCCGACUCCGUCGGGCCCUGCCCAAUCUCGUGUCCAACAUCCUCAACAACAUCGACUGGCACGCCAACUUCACCACCGACAUUCCCCUCGACACCGGCAGCACCAUGGAUGGCCAGCGACUAGCUUUGCACAAGAAGUGGGGUCAGAGCGAGCUGAGCCUCUCUCGAGGUCAGGAGACGGGACACAGCUAUGAGGACGACGACUUCGUCCUUGUCAUGGACCAACUGAAGGGUCAUACAAAGCUGGCCUACACUUUCAAUCUUGUUAUAAAAAACAACGGAGGAAGAGCUGUUGUAGCAGAUUACGAAUCCCAGUUCGAUCUAGAGUCAGAGUUCUGCGCCGACUCCACCAUAACAUUCAGUCGGGAAAUGGGCCUCACCUACGUGGACGUGCCAGUCUUCAAUACCCCGGCUACAGAGCUGUUCCGCGUCCCAGUGGCAAGCGUACCCGACGUGCCACCCGUGUUUCUCACCGUGGGCUAUCGUGCUGAUACCCUGGCGACAGUCAAGGCUUACACCGCGGGAGCGACGAGUCUUCGAACGGCCUUCAAUGCUUCUGGCUCAACGACAAUUUCGCAUCGAAAUGACCCUGUGUUCAAGACAAGAAGUGAUGUUUCAUCAAGAGACUGGCUAAUCGAGCCAGAAGAACAGUCCCUACAGUCUUCCUUUGCGGCUCGUCUCAAUUUCAGUGUCUACCAAAAGCUUUACUUCAUGCCUGCUGUCUCAUGGCAUUUUCAUGAUGUUGACAUCGAGCUGUCACCACCUGUUGAAGUGACGAUACGCCCAGAGGUCCAUCUGAAGUCCAACAACCCUGGUGUGGCUCAGUGUGUGGAGAGUGAUGCCAACGUGGAUGCCCAUGUGCUAGUUCACAAUGCUUACUUUUCUGCUGAUGCCUUUGGACUCUCGCUAUGGAAUGUUCUACUAGAACCAUCUAAGACCCAUGACAUUCACCUUGUGAACUUGUCACUGGGACAGGAAUGUGAAGCUCGGUGUUAUGGUCCUGAAGCGCUUGUGUCCAGCCUCCUAAAUACAACAUUGACAUCAACUUCAGCAUUUUCUAGGAAUGAUUUGCAGUUCGAAAGCCUCAUUACCUUGAAUGGCGAUGUUGUGGUGGUGCAGGACGGUGGCAGUGAGAUCACCUGGUGUGGUCAUCAGAAUUCUUCUUGCUAUUCCUGUGACUUGCACAGUGUUGACACACAGCCUCAACACUCAUGUGCUGCACGUCUGAUGACAUCACGCCUGGCCUCAGUCCUGACCCUCCUGUCGGAGUUAGUCUCUGUGGAGUGGCCGAAUAAACAACUUCUUGUCCUGGAAUCAUGGGAUGAGCCAACAUCAUCAUUUCCUUUAGGGCGCCAUGGAGCUUCCUCUAUAUUUUCAGAAGGAAGAGCUGCCUCUGUCUCCCUGAUAGAAAGAAAUAAUGUCUCUUCUUUCACCAACAAAUCUGCCUCCAGCCUUCCUUCUAUUACAUCCAUCAUUCAACGCCUUGCUCAGCUGGCUGUUUGUGCUGGUGCUAAUGAUGUUCGUACCACACCCAGCAAAAACCAUAUUGAAAUUGCUGUAGAGAAAAAUGACUUUGAAAUGUCAUCCAGCUCUAAUGGUGUUGAUGAAGAGAGUGGAGCAUCAUUUAUGAAGAGCAUGGAGUCUUUGAGUGUUAGCGAUGUGGCUGACAUAUGUUCACAAGCACCACGAUUAUCACCUGGUAAUCAGUGGCCACAAGGAAUUAGUCUUGAGGAAGGGUGUGGUCCUACAGACAGACCUCUCAACAGAGCUAACAGAAAACAUAUGAAGCAAUUGGUGCAUUGGAAUUUGACUGAUAUACCAGCGACCUUUGAACCAGAAGGUCUCUCUUCCCAGUGGUGCAGUUAUCAAACAAGACAGUGUCAUGACUGCAGCCAACCCUCAAUGAGUCUUGAACCCUGGGAUUGGUGUAGCACAAGGAUGAUGACGCCACGGCUUUUAGUGCGGCUUAGGAAAUUACAAAUCCUUGCUAACAUGCAAAAUAUUAGUCUUCAUAUCUUGAUGUCAUUUCAAGAGCCCACAGAAAAGCAGAUGAAUGUUUUGCCAUCGCUGUUCACAGAGGGAAGAGGAAUCCGACUGUCUACAUUCCCCAGUGGCAGGGAGACCACACUGGCAAGUCUUGCUGUGUGUGCUGGAUUUGACUUUGUGUCUUUUACUGAUCCAACUUACAUUGAGGCAUUUGUCAAGAAGCAGAGUGGAUUUCAGGCAUCACUUGUCAGUUUUCUGGAAGGUCCAUUGCGUCCAGCAGUGGUGUCAGAUGAGCCAGAUGUUCUUGAAUAUGGUUAUCCUGAUGAGCUCGCAGAAGAAACUGUCCUUCCAGAACUUGUAGAUGGUCAUUUUGCUUCAAGUGUAUAUAUCUCAGAACAUGUCCUUGUAAAAGAUGUCACGUCAUAUGAUGGGCGAUACUUUCGAUUAGACCCAGCUCUUCUUGAAUGUGUUGAACUGGUCAAAAUGGAUUAUUCUGGAAAGUUUGAGAUUUUGAAGGGGUCUGCAUAUCGCACACGAUCAGCAAACUUUCAGCAAAACAUAGACCUGCGACACAUCCAAGAAACAUUGCGCUUCCAGGCAGGCCAGGCUUUGCAGUUAAGUUCCAUCCCACCAAGCACUCAAGAUCUUUUGGCACUAGCUACGAGUGUUCUCAGAGAGUGUCCACCUGUUGUCCGGCUAGGCAUGCGUGGGAUGGGUCUUGGGUGUCAUGCUGACCAUAUCUACAUUGACUUUCGUCCACUAAUACCAGGCUUUGAGAGAUACUAUGUCACAGUAUGGGAAGCUGAGAACACUAGUUACUGCCAGGAUGUGAGGAAACUUCAGAGAGAGAUGAUUGAAGGUGGUCCUGUGGUUCAAGCACUGCCAGCCACAACCUGUAAGGAUCGAGGGCUUAAGCCUGGCCUGGAAUUUUUAAGUUUCCAGUUUGGUCAGAAUGCUCACUGCAAUGUUGACGGCCAAGAACAGUUCUGCAUAGCCAGUAGGGAAGCUCGUGAAAAGGCAGCAGACAGCCUUCAAGUGUUGCUGACUUCAGCAGCAGGAUAUGGUCGUCUGCCACGCUUUGAGCUCAUUGAUAAUAUUAGAGCUUGCCUUGUUGACCUCUGUGGGGGCUGUCCAGGAUCAGGACAAGUUUUUGAUAUGAAGGUGCGUGCUUGCUCCCAGCUGGUCCAUAAAUAUAUAGAGCAUGCAGCGAGCCCCUUUCCUGAGCUUGUUGAUGUGGCGACAUUCUUCAACAUGGACACUGCCCUUUCCACAGUCCAGGCAAUAGCCUGUCAGAAUGGGUCUGUUUGUGUUGAGGACACCCCUGUCUACUCAUUGUUUGUACCCACUGUUACUGCUCGCUACUAUCCUGACCCCUCAAGGUCUCUAGAGAGAGCCUUAUUCUCCUCUGACAUCAACCCCACUCCAGUCUUGGAGAUUAUCUCUCAGGAGGUGGCCUAUGCCGCUAAAGGAAAAGUCAAAGUUUUCAUUGAAGCAGAGAAAGAUAUUUAUGCUUUAAGAAAUGUAUUGAAGGUCCUCAUGGUUUACAACAAGAAUGUUACUUUGGUGGAAUUUGUGCUUGCUUCUAGUGCUGAUCCAGAUCUGGUGGCAUCAGCCAUACAUCGAAAACUGGAUGCCUGGGCAGGAGUAGCCUGUCCGCUGUUCAGCCGUUUUGCCAUGUCUCCAUUCACUGUGGUCGCCUUGGAUGCAGAACGCCAUAAACGUAGUGCAGAUUUGAGCAUGUCCAGGAACACAGCUAAAAGCAAAAUAUACAACUGGGAGCUAGAAUGGUUGGAAAAAUUGUAUUAACUGAUUGCAUUUAGGUAAAAGGAUUUCUGAGAAAAACCUUCAAAAGUCAUGUAAGCAUAUUAUCUAAGAUGGUACAGGCAUACCAUAUUUACCUAUUCUUUAUUCUACCACAACCACUAAAUAUAGAUGAAGAUGACUUUCCAUUCAAGGAGUUAGUUUAGUUUAGUCCUUGUUACUCCUCGAGGAACAUAGAGGUGCAAUAACACCUUGCCAGAGGCAGCCCUCUUCAGUUGAGACUAUGUGGUUCCAACAUCCUUUGCCUCACUUUCUACUGUUCUUUUCCAAGGUUGCUUUGGUCUCCCAACUCUACUCUUCUCCUGAGGAUCCCAGUCAAGUCCUGCUUGGCAAUUGUGUUAGCUGGUUUGCACAGGGAGUGUCCUAUCCAGCCAUAUUCGCACUUUUUGAUGUCUUCGCUAGUGGCAUGCUGGUUGGUUUUUUUUUUUUCCCCAGCUGUUGGAGAUCUUUUCAGGGUAUCCUAUUUGUCACUCUCCAGGUUUCAGAACCAUACAGUGAGACUGCCUUCACAUUGGUGUUGAAGGAUACUGCAGAAGGAUAAUGCUAGGGAGUUCCAAAUUGAGCAUAAGCUGUUACCUGGCCUUGAUAGGGAUUUUGAUAUCAUCAUCCGCUCCACCAUCCUUGUUGACAGUGCUCCCCAGAUACAUGAAGGGGUCUGUUUCCUUGAUGCUCUCUCCUUGAAGUUGGAUUGGAAGUUCCUGCUUGUUGUUGGUUCUCAUCAAUUCAGUCUUCUUUCUGUUGACCUUUAAGCCAGUCUUCUCUACUACCUCUGCUAGCUUACUCAAUUUAAUUUGUGCAUGUUGUUGCCAAUGAGAUAGGAGACUGAUGUCAUCUGCAAAGUCCAGCUGUUUGAUGAAGGUCCAAUGGAUACCGGUGUUGUUGUCUUGGGUUGUUCUGCACAUAAUCUAGUCUAUGACCACCAGGAAGAUUGUUGGUGAUAAUAUGCAACCCUUUCUUAUGCCAGUCUUCAUUACGAAUGGUUUAGUGAGUUGUUCAAGGAGUUAGGACACAAUAAUUAAUAACAUUACUUUUAUAAGUAAUCAUUUGAAUGGCUAAAAAUUCUUUUUACUGGUAACUAUAGCAGAAAGCCACUAGGUAAUAAAUAAUUAAAAUCUAUUAUGAUCUUUCUUUUUGAGACAGGCUUAAUGUUACUCCAUCACGGAAUAAUAGCAUGGAUAUCUUAUCUCAUUUUCUGGUUUUGUAACUGCUUUAAUUUCUCAAGUCAACACAAAAGGAUUCCACUGACAUCGGUAAUUUCCUAGCAGAAUCAAGAGAACAUUUCUGUUUCUCUCAUUAGAGAAGCCACAAGCAUUCAGUUGACAACACCAGACUGAUCCAAAGACUUAAUUUUUUAUUGCUGAUAACUUUAAAGUAACAUAUCUAUGGUAUGCACAUAUCUAUAGGAAUACACAUAGCUGGUAUUUACUAAGAUUGACAAAUAUUUGUUUUUAAUGUUCACUAUGUCUCAGAAAUAAAGAGGUAUGGGUAUGAGACAGAAUGAAGAAGACAGCGAUUUUCACAUGAGAGAUAGAGAAAAUAUUAGACAAUCUGAAGAUGUGUUUUUGUAAAAUAUUUCCCAUUUUCCCUAUUCCAGAACUAUGGUGAUAAACAGAUCAAGUGCACAACAAUAAUUUUACUAUCACAAAGAUGUCUUGUGACUUGUAAAGUGUGCAAAAGCAUCCCAUCUUCUUGAUAAAUACCAAAAUUUUUGUGAAAAGAAAAGAAGAAAAAGUGAUGUGAUCAUCUCCCAGAUUUUACUUCAUGGUUUUAAGGCAUACAAUGGACUAAAAUUCCGAGUCACUUUGAAACGAAAUAUUAAUUGAAAUGAAAAAAGGCACUUAACAUCAGGAACAACCAGUUUUGUUCCAUUGAACUUUGCACUGUACACUGUCAGAGUGACCCUGAGGACUUUCUGGGAAAUGCGUAUAUGCAACGCAGCAACAAAAUCGUAGCUAAUUAUUUGGAUAAGAGGAGUAAACAAUCCAUAAAGUAGAGACAGAAAAUCUUGUGAUGUUUUGUGAACAGUGGUACCAAUGAUCAAGAUAUUGCUUUCCUGAAGUUUUCUUCACGGGUCAUGGAAUAAAAUGUAGUAAUCCCUUACCUAUUGCGGGGGUUAGUUCUAGAGAUGUAAAAGUUCCGUUAUAUUUAUUUUAUUUUAUAUAUUUUAAAGCUUUGUAAAUCCUUCCCACUCUCUUAUUAACACUUUCUACAGUCUUAAACCUACAUAUUUUUAGGAACAUAAAAUGAACUUAAAUGAUUAAAAUCAUAAAUAUUACAUACAUAUACUGCAAAAUAGCAAAAACUCCAUGAUUCAGAAUUAGAUAUAUUUAAAAAAAACUGUGAUCCACUGAAGCCCAAAUAAGUGAACCACAACAUAGCAAGGAUUACUGUAUUGUUUUCAAGCUUAGGCACGACUUAGUAACACUAAUUAACUUAGGCUAUCAGCUCUAAUCCCUACCCCAACAUAUCAGGAUUUCAAUUUAUUUUACUUUAUUUCACAAUGUUCAGUAUUUUAAAACAGAUGGUGCUGAUAAAGGUAUCACUAUACAAAUAUUAUUAAGAUUUUUAACAAAUGACAUGGUGUCUUACUUUGAAUAAUGCUGAUGAUAAACAGCUAUUAUAUUAAGCCAGAGCUCCUGUCUUUUUAUGUACAAAACUUCAAAAUCAGAUGAAGUCCCCUGCCACUGAUGAGACAAUAAUAUACUUGGUCAUUUUGCCCUUUUGAAUAAUCUUUGGCGAUAGAAAGUCAUUUGCCACCAUUAAAAACUAGGAAUGUUA